AUGGCGGAUGAGGUUGUGUUGCUAGACUACUGGCUCAGCCCAUAUGGGAUGAGGCUGAGGAUCGCUCUGGCUUUGAAAGGGAUAGAGUAUGAGCGCAAGGAAGAAGAGCUGAACAACAAAAGUCCACUUUUGUUACAGUCAAACCCGGUUCACAAGAAGGUCCCGGUUCUCAUUCACAAUGGCAAACCAAUAUGUGAGUCUGUCGUUGCGCUCCAGUACAUUGACGAGGUUUGGAAAGAUAAGGCUCCGCUAUUCCCUUCGGAUCCUUACCUCAGAUCCCAAGCUAAGUUCUGGGCUGACUAUGUUGACAAGACGAUCUCUGGUUUUGCGAGGAAGUUAUGGUCAGGGGCCAAAGGAGAAGAAAUGGAAGCAGUAAAGAAGGACUUGUUUGAUUGUCUCAGGUUGUUUGAAGGAGAGCUUGGCGAUAAGCCUUUUUUUGGGGGUGAGACUCUUGGACUUGUGGAUUUGGCACUUCUUCCUUUCGCUUCCUGGUUUUCUGUCCACGACAAAUUUGGUACCUUCAGUUUAGAGGCAGAGUGCCCUAAGAUCCCUCCUUGGGUUAAGAGGUGUUUCCAGAUGGAAAGUGUCUCCGAGUCUGUUCCAAGCUCGGAUCAGCUCUAUGACUACGUUGUGAAGAUGAGGAACAGUAGACAAGAGUAA